AUGCACAAGCACGGCUCCACUGUGCUAUCCAAGACAGACAUUCACAGCCUUGUUCACCUGCAUCACUUCUCUUCCGAUCCGUCUGCAGAGGCAAAGGCUGAAAGCAAGCUUUCUGAACGGACAGUAGAAGAAUGGGAGGUGCUGGUACGCCAAGAGCUCCAGCUCGUUCGCGCUCACCUCCGGGAAGGACAAUGUUUUGAAGGAAGUGGGGAAGACAGGCAGAUGAAGACGAACUUCACCUUUGGAGUCUUCAGUAGCGUCAGGCCGCACGAGACACCAGCGGUGAACUCAACCAUGGUCGAAAAGUUGACAAAUGAAGAGGCAAGGGACGGUUUGAGCGUGCAGAGAAUGAAAAACAACGUCGCAGACCUGCGGUUCUUCGUGUCUCACCUGAAGGCGUGUGCCAAGAGGAUGCGUUCGGAAGCCGACAGAGCUGCUGUGAGAGUGCGAGAGAUGGAGGUGAAGGCCGAGACGAGGCCUGCGUCGCAGGACACCCGCGAGAGGACAUUGCAGAGGCCGAUGCAGCGGUUGCCCGUCAGGUGCAUGUGCUGUGGCUGCGACUCCCUUUCAGCGGAUCGAUGUGACUGCUGUGGAGAAGACUGCUGCGGACUGUCGGGGAAAGAAGUUUUCCCUCACGAGGCUCAGCUGCAACGGAAAUCUUCUAUCUUUGGCGUCUACACCAUGCACGGCUCGACUGCCACACAGUUGGACCAAGAGGACAGGCAUAAUCUCGUUCACACCAACCACUUCUCGCAAGUCGAUGUCGACUCGUCUCCCUUCCUCGAGCGAGAGUUCCAGGCUCCUGCAGACCAAGCUCGUUGGGGUCUAAGGAGCGCUGGGCGAGCGGAGAAGACGGCGAGAGACAAAGAGGCAGAAUUGAAGCAGGCUUGCAAGUCUUGUGUCGAGCUUGAGGAGGCCAUGCUGCUGAAGAACCGGAAGGAUGAGCAAGUGAAGGAGCUGUCCGAUGCUCACGCCAGGAAACUAGAAGCUCGCCAACUCCUGCGAGAAGCAGAUGCCCUGGACGUAAUCAUCGCCCGGCACAUUGAGGAGCUCAACGCAUUGCAGGAGCGAGUGAGUCGAGUAGAGAAUCGCGACAUAGAACAAGAAUGA